GACCACGACUGCGACCACUACGAUUAGUCUUCCACACACUCUCUUUUGCUCACAUCGAUGUACACCUCCAUCGCGGACAAAUUGUCGGUUAUCGCGUUAUCGAGACAACUGCAGGAACCCUGUCUUAUUACACUGUGCCGAAGAGGCAGAAUUGUCGUGCGAGUUUUGUUGAUCUCUCGAUGGGACUGUCGCUUGAUACGAACUCGUCUGGACAAACGCCCGAGAAUCCCUGCGCUGACAGAAAAAUAUCUGAACGAUAAAAAAUAUUUAUACAGUGUAGGUACCAAUAUUGUACUAAUAUAUGUAUAGGAUCUGACAAGUCUCAUAUUUCGACAGCCUUCUUGCACUAAGAUAAUUUUGUUCAACAGGAAAAAUAUACAUAUUUCGACAGUAUUCUUGCAUUAAGAUAAUUUUGUUCAACAGGAAAAAUAUACAUUUUUUAAAUAUUUCUUUAGCUUUUUAUGAAAGCAACUUGGUUCAAUUUAAAUGAAGGAAUAUAGAUUUAAGUAAACAUGCAUUUAACAUCUGAAUAAAUCUUUGUUAUUUUGCAGAUAUUUUUUCUCUCAUAGCGCAGAAUGAUCACGGAUAUCAUUUCUUUGCGCGAUCGUGCACAGAAAAAAAUUUUCUACUGCACUAAAAAAUAAUUAUACUCUGAAAAAAUAUCCACGUUAUUGUCAUCAUUGACUUAAUUUGUAUCAUUAAUCGGGACUCAUGUGGCGGACGGUUGCUGAGCCUCACCAGAUUCACAGCAUCCUCGGGCCCGGACGCAAUCGUUAUCGAAAGACCAACGAGGCUCACAUGAUAGUCCGAUGUCGAUACACAAAUUACGUUAUCCGCGAGGACGAUUGGCGUCGCCACCGAUGUCUUUAAGAAUUAUCUGGAUUGUCGGACGUAACAGCGCCGAUAGAAGUUUGCGAGGGACCUACAUCGCGGACCUCGUCCACUCUUGUCGACGCCUCCUGACUGUUGCAAACUGUUGUUCGCGACUUGCCGAAAAUCUGCGCGCUCACGACGACCCGCUUAGUAGGGCUACCUUUAUUUAUCCCUUUUUUUUUACGUAGAGGAUACAAUUGCUUUCUUCGUGUUGGACGCGUCUCGAGCCAUCGCGGUUCUCGCGUCGAACGACUUAUGAGCCGGGGGCUCACGUGUGUUCGAAACAUUCCCAUCACUCGCACUGUUCGCACGCGUCCGCGUCGAGCACCUCCACGGGUGAUUCGCGAGGUAACGCGCAAGAUGAAGUCAACCAAUUUCGCGACCGGGCCGACCGGAGACCGUGGAGGGCAUAACUCGGCGGACAUUGCGGGCGGAUGUUCACGAAUUUGUACUUGAAAUAUUAUUAUUCUAACAUAGUCUAGCCUUAGAAUUCUGUAUUGACUUUCACAUCGUAGUGUGACCUCUUUUUAGGAUCUUAUAUAGAAACCAUACUUUACUCUUUCCAUGACGAGUGAAGCGUAGACAGUUUUUUAGUACCUAUCUCUAAAUCUCAUGGGUGGCAUGAUAGGAGUCGCCAUUAUUCGAACGUCAACCCGUUAUUAUUCGAACCCGAAUCAUUGCCUCUCGUUGCUUCCGAGUUUUCCAACGUGUGUUCACACUGAGAGAAAAAAUAUCUAAAAUAAUAAAUAGUAUUUAUUCGAUGAAUACUAAUGACACGUACCUGUUUUUAUAUUUAUAUACAUAUUUUAACAUUGAAAAACAAAUAUUUUCAAAUAGAAAAAUAUAUAUUUUCCUAAAACCGUUGUUUUUCACGGAGGCAAUCGUUUGUUCUACUUAAGCCAAGGGAUUUCAAUUCAAUCUGUUAUUGUGACAUUACUAGAAUCUUUUAUCUUUUAGAUAUUUUUUCUCUCGGUGUGCGGUGUUCUUAAAUAGCGGCUAAAGUGAAUCGCCCGAGUUACACGAACAGAGAGAAAGUCGUAAUAACGCUUGAUGAGAGCGUCGCGAAUGAUUCUGCGCGAGUGCAGCUCUAAGAUAGGGUAGAACGAGUCGCACGAGCGACUACUUGUCAUUCUUGCUACAUCUCGAGAACCCUCCGUCGUCGCGAAAUUCGGUUAUUCCGACACUCAUGCUCGCCCGCCGGUUCGUGUAAUGGAGGCUCCACCAGUGCUAACAUUAACAGUCACGAGAGACUCGGUCCUUUGAAUCUCACGAGUGACUUAGCUUAGUAUCUCCGGUAGAACAGCGUGUAUGAGCUCUCGAGACUUGCAUACCAAUCAAGAGGACACUCCUCGCUCUCUUUUAUCCGCUGUUAAAAUGCCCUCCCUCCCUCCCUCUCCCCUCACGAAUCGAUAACACUUACUUAUCGAUCAUGAGCUUCGCUGACUGACGAAAACGACCUCACGACGUACUAUUCCAUAAACAUUGUUCUCUCGAGAACCUAACUGUGUUGCAAAUGCGUCCAGGUAAUUCCGGCCUAAGUGGCGGUGCCUUUAGUUACGACAAUUACGUGAAGGCAAAAGAAACGAGGAGAAGACGAAACAACAACAAUGAAACAAAGAACAUGAAAAGAGAAAAAUCAAGAGAACAGAGUAGAGUAGGAAGUCAAGAAGGAAAAAGAAAAAAAGAAGACACACACACUUACACACAUACACGAAGGAAAAGAAAGAAAGAAACGGACGUUUUUCCCGCUUAUCAUUUUAUAUUAUAGACUCUCUAUGUAUCCGAGAAUGUGCAAUGCAAGGCUUUGUGCCAUGCCAUUCAUCAUUUAUACAUAAAUCACACUCGCUCUAAUACCUAUUCUUGUACAUACUACACACUCUCGGUCUCAUAACAGUCGAUAAUCAGACACUACCGAUACGUUGUUAUGGUUACUUACUUGAAUUUUUUGGCUGCGGCGCUCGCAGGCUUACCACUGAUUGCUCAUUCCAUUCGAAGUCAUGUCCCUCUCGAAGUCAGGUGCACAAAUAAGCCGCGCAAUAGCACCCGUAGCUACAUAGAGUCCGGUGACGAGGAGUAAAGACGAGAAACCGACGAUAAUGAUAUCCGGUUUGUGUGGUACACACGGGAUACGGGGGGCUUAGUUGUCAAUGGACCGAUUCGCGAUGAGAUAUGAAUUAUUAGGCAAGAAUUAUUAUUGUAAUCGGUAAGAGAGUUUUGAAAGUCACGGUCGUGAAAGAUAAAAAAUCACGAUUUACCCUGAAAUUCACGGGAACAAAAGUAAUUCAUCGCUGCUCGCGGUAGAUUUCCCUCUCUGUCUCUUUCUUCCUCUCUCUCUUUCUCUCUCUCUCUCUCUCAAAUUCAAAGUUUCCCUAAUUAUCUUCCAUAAUAGGGGUUUCAGACUUGUCAGAGUACUUCAGAUAUAUCGCUCACUUUUAUGUGUGUAAACACAAAUAGAUAAUCACGAACACGAUUUUCCCGUCGAGUGGCGAGGGCCGCGCGUGUCGUAGAUCCACGUAAGACGACGCACUAUUGUUACUACUACUACUCUAACUACAUUUACUUGUUGCUCGAUGUGCCAUCGCUGUGACUUAUUUGUGUGCGUGUCUGAUUCUUUAUCACUCAUGAGGUCAUGCUGAUUUUUGUAAAUUAUUUUGCCGACUGUUCGUUCCGCAUAAAGUGAUGGGCCAUUCAAAUUGCAAGCUCGCUUGUGGACGCGGGCGGCUAGGCAGGGGUGAGUAAGCUGGCGGUGCGUCGCAUGGUGAUGUGUGAAAAGUCUCUUCACACGUGACGGCUCCGUCUCUUUUUAGAAGAAUUGGACGUUACGGUUACUAAUGCGAGCGAAUAUAUCAUUAUGACAUGAUUUUGACUGAACCACGACUGUGUUUCCAAACUAGGUAAAGUUUUACAGAGUGAGUGAGAUAAGAGAGGCAGGGGCGGGCGUCGUCGGGCCUUAUACCCCCUCCCGCCACACGUUACCCCUCCACCUUUGGUUGUGGACCCACUUGACAACAAGCAGUUCAGAGUCAAUUGAUUGGAUUUGGUGGAUAAUCCAACGUACGUACAUAUGUCGUGAACAAAGCAAAGAACAAAUAGAUCAGUGAGAAUAAGACGAAAUACUGAAUCAAGAGGAGUGAGUGGGGAGGCAUAGAGGCUACUGUAGUUUCGGAACACAGCCAUGGUCUCCCUACCUCCCAGUCUGCAGAAACAGGUCAGCGUUAUGAGUUCGAACUUGAAUGCCAAGCUGGACGAGCUGCAGCAGCGGGGUGACCGCCAGCUGGAGACUACCGUCGCUCUCUGCGAGAUCCGCACGCAGCUGCAGGAGCUCACGAAGAGCGUAGAGUCUUGUCAGAGCGAGGUCAGCGAGGUGAAGCGGGACAUGGUCGCGAUCAAGCACGAACUAGAUACGGUACAACAGGUUAAGGAAGAGAUAGAAGAAUUGCGGGAGUAUGUGGAUCGACUGGAGGAGCAUUCCCAUCGGCGGAAACUUAGGCUCUUGGAGCAGGGACUGACGCUUUUCCUGUCAUACGCGAUACUGGCUGCCGUUUUGGGAAUGUUGCAGUUCGGAUACAACACUGGAGUGAUUAACGCGCCUGAAGUGAAUAUAGAGAACUUUAUGAAAGAUGUGUACAAGGAUAGGUACGGGGAAGACAUUUCGGAUGAUUCUGUUAAGACAUUAUACUCCUUGGCCGUGAGCAUAUUUGCGAUCGGUGGUAUGCUGGGUGGCUUCAGCGGAGGGAUGAUUGCUAACAGAUUUGGCAGAAAGGGAGGCUUACUGCUAAACAACGUGCUGGGCAUUUUGGGGGCGUGCCUGAUGGGUUUCACGAAGUUCGCUAAGUCAUACGAGAUGCUGUUCUUCGGACGCUUUAUCAUCGGUGUCAAUUGUGGCUUAAACACCUCGUUGGUUCCCAUGUACAUAUCGGAAAUAGCGCCAUUGAACCUGAGAGGCGGCCUAGGCACGGUGAACCAGCUCGCUGUUACGGUGGGCCUCCUAGUCUCCCAGGUGCUGGGCAUCGAGCAGAUUCUUGGAACAAACGAGGGCUGGCCCAUUCUCUUAGGACUAGCUAUCUGUCCUGCCAUUCUACAGUUACUACUGCUUCCAGUUUGCCCGGAAUCUCCAAGAUAUUUGCUCAUUACUAAACAGUGGGAGGAAGAGGCUCGGAAAGCUUUGAGAAGGUUGAGAGCUAGUAACCAAGUAGAAGAAGACAUUGAGGAGAUGAGAGCGGAGGAACGAGCUCAACAAGCUGAGUCUACCAUCUCAAUGACAGAGCUUAUAUGCAGCCCAACUCUGAGAGCACCUCUCGUGAUUGGUGUGGUUAUGCAACUUUCGCAGCAGCUUUCGGGUAUCAAUGCCGUAUUUUAUUAUUCUACGAAUCUGUUCACUAGUUCUGGUUUAACGGACGAGAGUGCCAAGUUUGCAACCAUUGGCAUAGGUGCCAUCAUGGUUUGUAUGACGCUAGUGUCCAUCCCGCUCAUGGAUAGGACAGGAAGGCGUACAUUGCACUUGUAUGGUCUCGGUGGCAUGUUUAUCUUUUCAAUAUUCAUCACAAUUUCAUUUCUCAUAAAGGAGUUCUUUGGUUAUGUGCAGGAAAUGAUCGACUGGAUGUCCUAUCUGUCAGUGGUGUCGACAUUAAGCUUCGUCGUGUUCUUCGCGGUAGGACCCGGAUCGAUACCCUGGAUGAUCACGGCGGAACUGUUCUCGCAAGGUCCCAGACCGGCCGCCAUGUCCAUCGCGGUCCUCGUCAAUUGGAUGGCUAAUUUUUUGGUUGGCAUCGGUUUUCCAAGCAUGAAGAGAAGCCUUGAAAACUACACGUUCCUACCGUUCAGUGCAUUUCUAGCCAUCUUCUGGAUCUUCACCUACAAGAAGGUUCCUGAGACUAAGAAUAAAACGUUCGAAGAGAUUCUAGCUUUAUUCAGACAUGGUAACGACAGGAGCAGCUUGCGGGACAGCAGACUUUAUGGGAGCAUGCUAAACUGUGUGAAUGCAUUAGAGGGACACAUACCGCCAGCAGAGAGCGCAGCCCUGAUGGUGGCGGAGGAGAAGCCACAUCCCGAUUCAUUUGUGUUUGCAGCUGGAUCCGAGCGCUCUUCCGUCGCUCCCGCUCAGCCGGAGAGACCACCGCCCCCGCUUCCCCCGCCACGCUUUCCGAACAGCGGUGUCUGACAAUGGGAAACAGCUCCUCUUAAUAUCGGUAACCUAGUGAUCAUGAACGCGCCGAUACCGUUGCCGCUGCUGCUCACCACCAGCAGCCUCAGCCUGGAGAACCAGCUGUACGAGAUCAUCACCGAGAGCAGCAAGGCGUGCGCGACCUUCCUGCGGAACAGCCUGCGCCGCGCCACCAGCCUCGGCUGGAGCGCGAACGAGAGCUUCGAGAGGGCGACGAGCGACGCGAUGUGCAACGAGCAGUGAUGACGAGAGGGCGAGAACGGAGGAGGACGAGGUACCUGGACGAGCGGAAGCCGGACACUAGGACGCGUCUCGAUCGACGACGCCGAGCCACUCGCCGAGCUCCGUCGCGACAGUUGACCCUUGAGACCGGCGAGAACGGCCGUCGUUCGUUGGUCCGCCUGUCUGCCAGUCAGUCAGUCUGUCUGUCUAUCUGUCUGUCAGUCUGUCUGUCUUUCUGCGAGACGAGUCAGAUGAAGAGCUCGCCGGGGGCCGAUCGGGGUAAUUGUCCGGGGGUGAGAGCGUUGAACGUUGGACGCUGGCCUGUCGGCGGGGGAAUGGAGGAUGAAACGCGACGUGUCUCUCUGAGUGAACCGCGGCAAGCCGCGGAACCAUCCCGAUCGAGCCUGACGAACUCGAGGCGAUCCGAUAUGCUGAAAUUCGGGGUGUUUCACGAGAGGGAUGCUCAGAUCGACUCAACUCUCACCGGCUGAUCCCGGAGGGUGAUCGACAGGGCGUCUAAGCAACGACGAUGAUGACGACGAAUACGAGAUGGGACGAUCCCCGGCCGAUCUUCCCUUUAAGCGAGCGAAUCUACGGGGGGAAGACACCGCGCGUUAACGAAAGAAAGGACGAUGACACACGCGUGCAAGACGCGCACUGAUCGACCGGUCGGUAGAUUAACCCGAAAUGUUGCGAAAGUGAUUUGUGCCUAGAUGAGUAUGCGAAAGGAACAGAGGAGAGAACACAUGAGAAGGAGGGAUGUAAAGGGACGCACAAAGGAGAGAAUUGCGAUCUGAGAGAGCCGCGAUUGCGAUCGCGAGUGCACGCGCGUGCACACCACGAGAGUACUCGAGACGGAAAUACGACGGAAGAGAUGAGGGGACUGCUCGAAGGUCGAAGGGCGCGAUGUCGAAGGAUAUCGAAACGCGAGUCGGCAGGGCGCGAGAGCGAGCCCAUGUCGAGUGAGCCACCCCUUCGUUCUCGGGCGAAGAGGCACGUGUGUGUGUAUCUAUAUAUAUACAUUCACUUUUAUAUCAUUGAUUUUCUAGGACUCAUCGGGACUGCGUGUCGCGUUUUUGUAUCACUGUCCUCUGUACGAUUCAUCGCGCACCGUGUUGUGUGUAGUCGGGCGCCGUGCGCCGUAUUACCCCCGCGUUCUCGACCACGAGACGGCGAUGGCGAUGACGACGAAGACGACCGAUGACGACGUUGACACGACGGAGACGACGGGGAUGGGGUGCGCACUGCUGUGCGCGACUGCCAAUUUACCGCGACAAAAAAUUCAAAAGAUUCUACGACCUGCCCUCGAGACACUGUGAUAUCUUUUCUUUUCGUCAUUCCCGGCGCUCGGGUCCAGAUAUCGUGUCGGGAGCGAGUUUUAUCCAUUCACCGCGGCUCCACGAGGAAAUGCGCCGGAUUGCGUUUGCGGGGGAGCAGUCUCGCUCCCGAACGAUCGAGGAUCUGUUUGUUGAGAGCGAGGAGAUGCGAAAUAAAGCGAGGCAUAGAGAUAACUCGCCGCUCAAGGUUGUUUCGAGGCCUGGAGGGAGCUGGGGAAUUGAGGGGAGUCGAUAGAAAUCUCUGCUCAACAAAGUCGGAAUGAAAUUAUUGGAUUGAUGACCGUCAGAAUAUCAAAUUGUUCUUGAAAUUACUCCCGACUGCCUUCUCAUUGCGACGAGAGCUUUUUUUAUUGACCAUGCAAUCGCAGGAGGAAAUCGAACAGUGCAUCAUUUGAUUCUGAUAUGACACAGGAAAAUAUCAUUCUGCUGCUAAGAAAAAGCCUACUUUACUUCUUUUGAGCGAUGUUGAAUUAUCUUCGACAAAGAACUACUUAACGUUCGAUUACAAUUCACGUCCAAGCCCAGUAAAAACCGGCUAACAAUACAUCAGUGUCAUAAUUUCCCACUCAACAAUAUAACUGUUACAUAACACACGUGUUAUAUUAUAUUUACAUCGUUGAGUGAGUAAUUGUAACAUUGAUGUUAUUGAUUGUUGGUGUUUAUUGGGAAUUGAUUAAAUUUCUUAAUGCGAAUUUGAGAAUUAUUAACGACCACACUGAAAACGAUUCGUAUCACAAACGUUUUCUGAAUAUCUGAAUUUUUCCAUUUUGCUAAAAAUAGGCACCAUAAUUGGUUCAGUAGACAGAGCAUUUUUAUUGUCACACCCUAAGCAUUAUACAAAAAAAAUUUAAACACGAUAGUGAAAAUUCUAUUAAUGGGUAUCCAUUGGGUUUAAUUUUGAGAACAAACAGAAGUCUUUUAAGUCUAUUAAUUUCAUUAAUGGACACUUAAGGCUAACAUUAUUGACAAUCAUGAUAAUUCCAAUAAAGAUAAUAAUGUACUUCGAUAUUUUAUCAUUCCAUACUUUUAGGAGCUUUCAGGAUAAUUAAGUUACAAUUUCAAAGGCCUGGACCUUCGCGCUACUUAUGAAGAUUUACAUAAGUUUGACAAAUUUAUUAGAGAAUUCAUAUGAUAGAUUUGCAGAUACAUAAAUUUGUAAAAUACUUGAAACAAAAGUAACAUUUAUUUGAACGCAGUAUGUAUUUCUCUGUGUAAAGGUCAAAAAUAUGCAUACGAGGUAGCAUAAAAUUUUCACGAGGAAGAACAAGGAUAUCCUCGAUCUGAUCUCUGGUCUUGAAAAAUCAGGGGUGGAAUUUAAUCGAGGGAAUUCCUAUCGACGCCCCUCAGCCCGACCACCUCGCCAGGCUCAUAUUGCGGGCAGACUGAAGAAAUUUUUUCGUUGAAAUCUUCGGAAUCGGGAAACGCGCGAAAAGGGAAUGCCUGCCUUUAUACAAGCCGCGGUGCGCAACAGUGCGUUAAUAAUAGACACGAGGCAUCGCGACUCGAGAUCGUCGCGACUUUCGCAUCGAAGAUCUUAGACAUUGAGCAUCGAGACCAACUGCUUUAAAUUAACAAUGAAACAAAAAAAAUGAGGAAGAAGAAGGAGAAACGAAGACGAAAAAGCACUGUAUUAGCUUAUCUUUCAAUUGUAGCCGCGACUUCCACAACGGUUCGAUCGCGUCGAAUUCAUAUACGGUGCCUCUCGACCGCAGUACAUGUAUAUUCAUGAACCAAAAGAUGAACCAUAUUUUAUCUUACAAAACGCAGAGUACACUACGGCACACUUUGCGUUUCGGCCGAGUGGAUGCAUUGAUCCCUUGAUUAUUCAUGCCUCGGAUAUUCUUAUGAUAUACUUUAGAAUUCACUCUUCUAGAGAAACAGAGAGAGAGAGAGAGAGAGAAGAACAGAGAAAGAGAGAGAGAGAGGAAAGAGAGGGAGAGAAAAAGAAAACAAAGGAGGAGAGAGAGAGAGAGAGAGAGAGGGAGAGAGAAAGAGAGAGACAGAGAGAAAGAGAGGAUAGUUGCAAAACGUAUAAAUAAAAGCAACUGAUUGCAAAAAUGAUUCUUCGCAGAGAAUCGUCCUCGUGAAUCUCAGAGAGAUCAACAGAGAGUCGCGUGCACUAAGGAGAAAACGCUUAGGAAUUUAUUUGUAGGAUAUAAAGUUUAUCUCACAGAAAUAGCGCAUUUCGCAGAACUUUAUAUUUCGCAGAAAAUAAAAUUCGCCUCUUUCCGAAAUAAGCUUCACAUCCCGCGAAUGAGAUUUUAAGUAUUUUCUUCUUCUUCAGUGCAGAAUCGCGAAUCUUUGAUCUUCGGGGUGGAGGCUUCUGCACUUUUCGUUCAGCUUGCGAGUCGACCGGACACACGCGUCGUCGAUCGCGGCGACGACUGGAACAGCGCGAUCGAGAAAGCGCGAAUCGAAUCGCGUCUCCUCGGUCGAAUCGCGAGAUCGACAGAAGCAGCGCGCGACUUGCGCAGAGGCAUGCCUUUUCUUACUCCGCAUUGAUCUCUCUUCCUCCCGCGAUCGAUCCUCUCAAACGAACAAGUGCACGCGACUCGGGGGCCUCCGACGAGGGGGAGGGGGACGAUCCCACGCGCUCUCUUUUUCUCUGUACAUACAUGUGUAUAUACUUGUAUACUUCUACCGCAUCUGCGACGCGUCGAGAUGAUCACUGCCGAUCAUCCAGAGAUGGCAUAAUAAUCCCUGUACAAGUAGCAAUAGCGUACUCCGUUCCCCGCUGAAGAGUAGCGUUAUCGACGGCCGGGGGGCAAACUGGAGGAACAAUGGGGCAGCGCACCCCCUCGAACUCGACUCGGACAAGCGUUCUCUUCUCUUUCACAGAUCCUAAAAUUCAGUCCCUCGCUCGGAACAUCGAUCGAGCAUCGGGAACAGCUCCUUCGAGGAGCGUUCUGUCACUUCCUCCUCAGCAAACAUGGCGGCUUGUUAAUGACGACAAGUGACGCAUUAAUUGCGCGUUAAUGACGUCAGAGACGUCGCUAAUAAUACGUCAUCGUGUUUGCUGGGUCACUCGCGACCACGAGCGAGUACGAGCCGGAAAUGCGCGGGGCUUGCGGCUUCUCUAUCGUUUGUCGUUUUACGUUACAUUCGCGCCCGCCACAUUGUCGAUCAAGCAAUCAUUUCCCCGCGAAUCCGCUUGGUUCGGCUAGCGAGAAUGAAGGAGACUCUCACCCUCCGUCGAUCCUCUCAACUUUCGACAGCGAAUAGAUCCAACAACCGCCCAUGCGAUCUGAAUAUUCACAAGCACGACGCGGUAAAUAACAGCGAAGACUCGUUGCGUUAGUCCGUGAAUCGCAAUUAGGCCGAUUGGCGAAGAGAUCGAUCAAAAGAAAUCGACGAAUCGAUGGGCGAAUUCGUGCACUAAGAUCGCGUAUAGGCUUAAGGUGCGUCUAAUGUCCGUAUUCAGGCCUUAUAUUUAAGGCUUUCUUAAAUUUAUCUUCAGAUGCUCUGUAGCCAAUAAAAUGAUCCAUAGAGCAUCUGAAGAUGAACUUAAGGAGGCCUUAAAUAUAAAGCCUGACAAUGAAUAUGGACAUAAAUCUUCUCUAUUCGUCUCGAGUCUUCUGACCAAGUGUUCAGUCGUUUAAAAUAACAGUCGUUUAAGAGUAACUUAAAUUCAGUAAGCUCCCUUGAAUUAACGUGCGGGAAAUUUUCGGCUAAUAAGAGCCAAACGCAGAGAUCUCAGUUGCUAAAUUUAUACGUUUAAAAUACUGUGUGCAAAAAGUGUAUAACGGUGUAGGCAAUUUUGGCACAUGCAAUUAUACUGUCGAACAUACGAAUUUAGCAACUGAAGUUUUGUGUUCGGCUGUUACUGGCCGUAAAUUUUCUCGCGUUAAUUUCAUUUCUGAGGAGCCGUGUAGGAUAAUAUGCUUGCUUUAGAACUCCUUCAAGUAACAGUAACAUUAUAUGAAUAUUGGAAUUUCCCACCCAACAAUGCAAGUGCGAUACAAUACGUGUUGCGCGUAACAGUGACAUUGUCGAGUGGGAAAUUGUAACAUUGAACUUUAUUGUUACUCGUUGUUCACAGGGUCGUUGUGUCGCUUUAAUUUGUUUUGCAUCUUCUCGAGAGAAAUGAGGAGGGUUAAUGCUGUUAAUUUUGACUGCCCGCGUGUCCGGAUCUUUCGGUCUAAAUAACUUGGGUAUUGCGGAGUGUAAUUAAUUUCAAAUAUUAUAUGAUUUUUAGGUUGUUAAUUUUUCUCUUAAUGACAAAGAACGAAUAAAUGCAUUGCUGUUUUGUAACUAAGGUAAAAUUAUCAAUGCUACGACUACAUUAAUAACACUAAGACUGAACACUCUUAUUGUUUUGGUUUUUAAAUAUGAAUAUUUAAACUUUUAAUGUAGAAUAUAUAUAACAAAACAUAUAUAUAUAUAUAUAUAUAUAUAUAUAUUCUAUAUUGAGAAUUUAAGUAUUUAUAUUUAACACAAUAAAAACGUCCAGAGUUAAGAACCAAUGUUAUUAGUGUCAUUGAUAUUUUAUCUUAUUUUAUUUUAUCUUAUUUAAAAACUUAAAAAUGCUGUAAUUUGUUUUUAAUAUAAAUGACAUUCAAUGCUUUAUAAUAUGCAGUAUAUUAACUUAAGGACUUGUUAUUUUGUCCCUUUUUGUUAUUUUGUGUUCGUAUGCCUUCUGCGGCAACUUGUGUCUUAAUUUAACGAGUACACGAAAUAAUUUGAGUUCUCCAAAUUAUUGAUGUUUUCAACAAUAAUAAGUAACGAACAAAUGCAUUGCAUAUUCGUAACUAUUUAUUAUUUGCCCGCGAGUAAUUCCCGCAAGUGUGUUGACACUUGUUGGCCGAGUUACGUUGACAGUACUAGUGAGGAGAGUUACACCGAGAAAAAAGUACUUAAAAAUCUCUAUUUGUGAGAUAUAAAGUCUAAUUUUGUGAAAUAAACUUGUAGCCCACAAACAGAUUUCCAAGUAUUUUUCUCUCAGUGUACGUUCCAGCAAACACCAACUGGCAAUAACGUUACAUCAGUGUUAUGAUUUCUCAGUCAACAAUGUAACUGCUACGUGCAACAUGUGUUAUAUUACGCUUACCUGGCUGAGUGGGAAGUUAUAUUAUUGAUACAAUGGGACUGUUAGUUGGCAUUUACUGAGGCUCGCACAGUCGUCUGUAAAGAGACGACGUUACGCCGAGAGUAGGAAGCAACGAGGAGGACGUCGAAGAUACUUGCGCUAAUUUCUGGCGUCGGAGUUUCGAAACGCACUCCGGCUGAUUCCUCUCGUGGCCGGCUCGAGUAAUUCAAUACGCGGGACGACAAACGGCACGGAUACGACUUCGGCUGCUGCGUCGCGAUGUAAACGCAAUAUAAUAUUUAGGAUAAAGGGAACGAUCCCGAGGGAACGCGAGACGGGAAGCAAGACUAAUUAAUUAAGCGGGAUUCGCGCGCACGGAACGUCGUAUGAUAUCAUUGGAGUGAGCGACCGAGAUUGAGGAAGUUCUUAAUUAUAAGUUGUCCAAAACAUACAGAUUCAGUGAGAAAGGCAAUAAAGCUAUUGAGAACUGAAGAUAUGCUAAAGUAGAUCUCCUUGCAUUAUGGUAUUAUCAGAAGGAAUCCAGGAUAAUAUGAAAAUUAUCGAUUAAAGAAAAGAUACUAGGCUAGGCGUAUAUAUAUAUAGAAUUAUAUAUAUAUAUAUAUAUAUAUAUACAUAUAUAUACAGGCUAUCCUUAGGAUACCCUGUAUAGCUAUAGGUGACAGUGACAUUGAUAUAUAUAUAUAUACAUAUAUUAAUUAGCUUAUAUAUUACGCGCGACGUAAAAACGAGCUAAUUAAUAUAAUUAGAGAAACUUCUUACCGCGUGAGAUGGGCGAAUAAAAUUAUCUCUUUUUUUGUUUCCUUCUUUCUUUCUUUCCGUCUGUCGGUCUGUCUGUCUCUCUCCCUCCCUCUCACACGCAUCCUCCGGUGCGACGGCUGUAUAAUAAUCGCGGAUCGUACGAUCGCCAUUAUACCUGAAUUUUGAGGGACCGCGAGGAACCGCGUAUAUAUGUAUAUACAUAUAUACAUAUGCAUGUAUAUAUACAUAUAUAUAUUUACACAUAUACACACACACAUAUAUAUUUUCGCUCAAACUAAGUGCGCUGAGUAUUGUAAGGAGUCCGAGGACUCUCACGAAAAACUUCAAACCCUUUAUCUCUCUUUGUCUCCCUCUUUCUCUCGACCUAUCUCUCUUUCUCUCUCUCUCUCUCUUUCUUUCUCUUUCUCUUUCUCUCUCUCCGAUCGGGCGGGAUCGGUUGGGCGUAUCGGAUUAUUAAGCGAAGACGCGCGGUAUUAAGCUAAUAGCUGUAAAACUAUUCGACUCAUCGUGCUGUGAAACCCCCUUUCGAUCUACCCACCAAUAUCUCACACCGAGAAAAGGCAUGCUGCGAUAUGUGUUCACAAAUAAAACGACAGAUCAUCGUUGACACCGCGCGAAACAGUCCAUCUGUUCAUCCAUUAUCACGCACGCGCGGCAAUUUCUACCCGCGUGCGUAUGCAGUAUGCCGUGUGACCGAUCAAUUACCGCGAUCUCUCUCUUUCUCUCACUGUCUCUCUCUCUCUCUCUCUUUAUACGUGAGCGAGGGAACGAGAGGUGUUUUUCCGUGCCUCCGCGACUCUCCCGCCUUCCCCGCAAGUCUUCGAGAAUGAGAAGCGUCCCCGGGCACGGAGGACUCUUUCCCUUGAUCCUCGCCUGCGAAAAAGAUUCACUUAUCUGUAAUCGACAUAUACACACACACACACACACAUAUAUUCACACACUGUCAAACGUAUACACACACGCGCGCGCGUGUGCGCGUAUAUGACACUAUAACGAAUAAUUCGUUUCUAAAAUUGUAAUAACGUAUACAUAUAUACAUAUAAUAUGUGAAAUGGCUACCUUUAAAGAAACGCGCGGAGGACCUAAUGUGUUCCGCGCUCCACCACAACUUUGUAAGAGGAUAAGCAAUGAAUUUCAUCAAUGGUUUCUCCGAGUCAAUGACACGCAGUAUAUAUUUAAUGAAAAGAAAAAAAGAAGCUCUCAUCGAGUUAAUUACGAAGUUCAUAGAGCCUUACGGACGAGAAAGAAAGAAAGGAAAAAAAAAAGAUAAAACGGGAAAGAGAGAAGAGAGUAUAUAAGCAAAAGCAAAAAAAAGAAAAGGUAAAAGAAAAGAAAUCCACGCAAAAUUUCGAACAGUCCAGCGAAGUUAAGUGAUUUAACAAUAACGAUUUGUAUAAUAAGUUCACUGCCACUCAAACGACUUGCGCCCCUUAGGUGAGCGCCAAUAUUCCAAGAUGUGAAUGUGUACAGUUAUGUGAAAAGUACUUAAUAACGUAAUUAUAUUUACAUAUGAUACUAUAAUUAGCAUUAUGUAAAACUAAAUAGCAUGUAAACGACACACAACACACACACUUUAAGAGUGGUAUACAUACGACGUAGGGUAUAUAGAUGACAACAAGAGAAAAGAAAGAAAAAAGAGAAAAAACACGUAAAAUGAGAGCACGUCAUUGAUCGCAGAGCUAAUCCCAGUGGAAAAAGAAAGAGAAACGUUUACGCGCCCGCUCAUUUGUAUAUUACGACAUAUUAAGGCGAAAGAAAGAAAAAAAAAAACGGGGAAAAACGAGGCAAAGAAAACCAAACCGAAAGAAAUUAGCGCUACAUAAUCAUAAGUUCUUUCUCUCUCUCCACUAACUAAACAGAUAUAAUCCAGUUCGAUUUUCCGGGUGUACUUUCUUUUCGCCGCCACCGCCAUUCUGUCACAAUGUGAGGGAAGUGGGGUGUGUUUACUUUCUUAGCCGUAUGUUUUCAUUGCGAUCUGCCCGAACGAGUGUCACCGUUCGUUCGUCCGUCGUCGGCGGACCCGGUGAGACUCGAUCGUGGAGGCUUUAAAGUCCCCGGCUUUCCGUUGUUAUAAGCGCGACCGGCAGCGACUUCGGCGCUCUUUCGGAUCGAUGUGUUGUCCGUACUUUCGCGAUUUUCGUCUCUCUCAAUAGAACGUAAUGUUCUGCGUUGCAUUUGUUAAGUGUUAUGUAAUCAAGUUCUUUUUAUAAAAGCCCUUACAUUCUC